AUGGUUGGUACAUGGCUAACCAAUUCAGUCUCACCAAAACUCCAAGCAAGCAUCAUCUAUGAAGACACUGCCUUGGAAAUCUGGAAUGACUUGAAGAAUCAUUUUGCUCAGACUAACAGGCCUAGAGUCUUCAAUCUUCAAAAGCAAAUCACAGAACUUCAUCAAGGUGAGAUGUCCAUCACUGAUUUCUUUAAACAGUUGAAGGUGUUUUGGGAUCAAUUACAGAACCUUAGCCCUUUUCCUACUUGUACUUUUGGCAAAUGUCUUUGCAAUAUUAACAAGAGGCUCACUAAUUUGCAAGUAAAAGAGUCUAUGAUGAAAUUUUUAAUGGGAUUGAAUGAUUCUUUUUCCCAAGUUAGGACUCAAGUCUUGCUUAUGGAUCCAAUCCCUUCUCUUAGUAAGGUUUACUCUUUGAUAAUUCAAGAAGAGACACAAAGAACAGCUUCUAAUGCAUCUGUUGUUAAAGUGGAUUCUACUGUUUUAGUUGCUAAAUUGUCCAAUGAUCAUCAUAGUACUAAUUCUAGUGGCAAGGGCAAGGACAGGCUAGUUUGCACUCACUGUGGCAAGAUUGGUCACACAGUGGAUAAAUGCUAUAAGUUGCAUGGUUUUCCACCAGGGUUUAAGUUCAAGAAUAAGUCUUCUAUGGCUCAUCAAUGUCAGCAGCUUCUUGCCUUGUUUGGUGCUUCAAGUUCAUCUCCUGCAGUACCAUCUCAAGUCAAACAAGCUUCCAUGGCCAAUGUAGCUUCUUCUUCCACUUCUGCCAGUGUGCUAAUGUCAGGUAUUGAUCUUUCCCACAGUGUUUUCUCUGCACAAGUGAUCGAUAGAAGGGCUUAUGAUAGAUGUACUUGGGUGUUGGAUAUUGGAGCUACUGAUCAUUUUGUCUGUUCAAUUGAUUUGUUAACUUCAAUUACUGCUACUAUGCAGUCCUUGGUUCAAUUGCCAAAUGGGGGAUCAGCACAAGUCACUCACAUUGGCACCGUUACUCUUUCUUCUUCUCUCAUCCUCACUAAUGUUCCUUGUGUUCCAUCUUUUAGUUUUAAUUUGCUAUCUGACAUUUUAUCUUGGAAAACAAUUGGGGUGGGCAAAGCAGUUGAUGGUUUAUACUUGCUACCAUGUGACAGUUUUCAACAUACUCCUGCUUCCUCACUUGCUGAUUACUUGGUCAAUCACAAGUUCAAUGCAGUCUUACCUCCUUUCUCUGCAACUAGUUCCACCAAUACCUCUUCUCAAUCUACAUAUCUUUGGCAUGCAAGAUUAGGUCAUCCUUUUGACCUUAAACUUAGAGUUUUAAGUCAUGCUAUUCCUUCUUUGUACUCUUCUUGUAAUAAGGAUUGUCAAGCACCAGAUUAUACUCAUCUCAAAGUCUUUGGUUGCUUAUGCUUUGCUUCUACCAUUGCUCACAAUAGAAAUAAGUUUUCUUCAAGAGCAAGAAGGUGUAUAUUCCUUGGUUAUGCUCUUAAUGUCAAAGGGUAUAAACUUUUUGAUCUUGACACUCAUUUUGUUUUUGUUUCAAGAAAUGUUAUGUUUCAUGAGUCUGUAUUUCCUUACUCUUCAUCUUCAAGUGGUUCUACUUCCUCAACAUCCUUGCCUUUACCUUGUGCUCCUUCUGUUCCUAUCUUGCUUGAUGAUCCUAUUUUGUCCAAGCCUGCUUCUUCUGCUCUUUCUCAUGGCUCUGUUUUUCAACUUCAUCAUAACAUUGAUGAUGAUUUUCUUGAUGAGGUGCCAGUAGAACCUCCUGAACCUAUUGCUAAUCCUAUUCCACUUAGAAGGUCUUCUAGGUCCCUCAAAAAGCCUUCUUUUUUGUAG